CAGUUCCCAAAGGAUGAUACCUCUCUUCAUUUUACCAGCCUGUGUGUUCCCAUCCCCUGGAGUGGAAGAUAAUUUGCUCUGCCCUGAAUGUGCCCACAGUGCAGAGUUUGAAGGGUUGGAGAGAUGGUAGUGGACCCUGCUUUAGUUCCUCGCAUCAAGACUCAGUGCCUUGCAGUUGCCUAUAACUCUAGUUCCGGAAGCACAACUCACAGUUUCCUCUUUGGAGCACUGGCUGAGCUGCUGGACAAUGCAAGAGAUGCUGGGGCUUUGCGACUUGAUGUGUUUUCAGUGGAGAAUGAAACACUGCAGGGAGGAUUCAUGUUGUGUUUCCUGGAUGACGGAUGUGGCAUGAGUCCUGAUGAAGUCCCAGACAUCAUUUACUUUGGAACAUCCAAGAAACGGUUAUCAACCUUGAAGUUCAUUGGACAAUAUGGCAAUGGGCUUAAGAGCGGGUCCAUGAGGAUUGGCAAAGACUUUAUUCUUUUCACAAAGAAGGAAGAGACCAUGACCUGCCUGUUCUUUUCUCAGACUUUCUGUGAAAAAGAAGGUCUCACUGAGGUCGUAGUUCCAAUACCUUCAUGGUCAACAAGAACAAGAGAGAGUGUCACAGAGGACCCCCAGAAGUUCUUCACAGAGUUAUCCAUCAUUUAUAAAUACUCCCCAUUCAAGACCGAAGCUAAAUUGAUGGAACAAUUUGAUAUGAUCUAUGGGAGAUGUGGAACUUUGCUGAUUAUUUAUAACAUGAAACUUUUGCUUAGUGGAGAACCAGAGUUGGAUGUUAAAACUGACAAAGAAGAUAUACUGAUGGCCGAGGCUCUGGAGGAACUUCCAGAGAGACGGUCUUUCCGGGCCUACACAGCUGUUCUGUAUUUUGAUCCUCGAAUGAGAAUAUUUAUUCAAGCCAAAAGAGUUCAGACAAAGCACUUAUGUUACUCCCUCUACAAACCCAGAAAGUACCGGUAUGCUACAUCUUCUUUCAAAGGGAAGUUUAAAACUGAAGCUAAAGAGGCAGAAGAGGCAGCAAAAAUGGCGGAACUCAACUUGAAAGAACUGCAAGUCAAAGUACACCAGCCCAACAGAAUUUCUCCGUCCUCUGAAAAGGAUGGAUUACAGAAAGCUGGGGAUGAUGUGGAAACAAAGCAUAAGAACCUUCAACAGAAACAGAGGGCAUUGAGGAAAGCAAGAAUACUCUCCUUGUUCUUCGGAGUGCACAUAGAAGACCAGAACCAAGCUGGAAUGUUCAUUUACAGUAAUAACCGGCUGAUUAAAAUGCACGAGAAGGUUGGUCCCCAGCUGAAAAUGAAGUCCUUACUUGGUGCAGGUGUGAUUGGAAUUGUCAACGUUCCCUUGGAGAUCAUGGAACCAUCCCAUAAUAAACAAGAAUUCCUCAAUGUCCAAGAAUACAACCGUCUACUAAAAGUCAUGGGACAGUACUUGGUCCAGUACUGUAAGGACACCGGGAUCAGUAAUAGAAAUUUAACAGUGUUUUGGGAUGAGUUCAAAUACCAACACAGCAAAGACAUGGACAGGUCUGUAGAGUCUCUCUUGUGCCGAAGAAGACAAGCCAUGGCUAUCCCAUUCAUCCUACAGUGUGAUCUUUGUCUCAAAUGGAGAGUCCUGCCUUCCCAUUCUAAUUACGAGAAAGAAUUCCCUGACAUGUGGAUUUGUGCUAAUAAUCCCAACAACCUGGAAAACAGCUGUAAUCAGCCAGAGCACCUGCCUUCUAUCCCACUGGGCACCAUGAACAGAAGACCACCAUCAAAAGACGAGAAAGAGAAGCAACUGCAAGAGUCUGUGCAGAGGUACCAGAACAGGCUAGCGGAAGCACAGACCCAGAAGCCUCAGCUUAUCGCAAUGAAUAGAAUUUCUGAGUUCAAGUCCUCCUGCCUUUCUACAGCACCCAAGGAAAAAUCCAAACUUGGGAGAGUUGGGUCUGCGGUGGUAGACCUAAUACAAGGCACUCCUCCAUCAUCUGUCCAGUGUUUGUCCAGCCAAAGAGGUCAAAAAAGAAGCCUGGAGGAUCCGGACUCGGACGUGGUGUUUGUCUGCAAGACUAGGAUUCUGAAGAGGACUGUGAAGGCGAAAGUGCAGCCCCAGCAGCGGAGUUGUGUGCCAGCUCAGUCAGUAAACAUCAAGGUCGUGGAGCCAUCCCAGGUCUCUUCAUGGGAAAUGAAAAAGAGGCAGAGUGAAAACCUCACGCAGAGAUGCAAAGCAUCCACUGACGUUCAAACUGGCAGUAGCAAUCCAGCCGUAAUCCUGGUUUGGAGUAAACCCAGUGCCAAGGACUCAUUGAAACAAGAAGGAGCAGAAGUGCCUCUCGCAAAGACAGAAAAACAAGAGCUGUGUGAUGAUACUCUGGUAAUGAAAAGAAAGCCUUCAGCGCCUCACCGGGAAAGCUUGCCCGGGGUGCAAAUGGAAGACUUACAUCCAUACUCUGGACACAAAGUCAGCUCUGUGAAUGGUGAUCGUCAGCUGUCGCCACUGAUGCCAUCUCAAAGCCCAUCUAUCAAAGAAACAGCAAGGAAGCUAAUGUCUAAGUUAAGGGAGAUUCUUCUGUAUUUUGUUCCUGAGUUUCAGCUAUCAUCAGAAUUCGAGUGCACAUCUGUGGAAGAACUCAUAACAAAUCCCAAGCUGGAGCAAUGCCCAGAGAGUACAAACGAAAACCUCAAAACGUGUUUCAACAAGAUACAGAAUAUCUACAUGGUCCAAUAUGAGAAAAGACUCAAGAGAAAAAUGCAGUCCAUCAUCUAUGAGUCAAACAGAAGAGGGAUACUUAAUGAAGUUUUUCUGGAGCAGUGUGAGCUGAAAAGGAAAAGGACCGAGGGUAAACUCAAUGACCUUCGUGCAAAGCUGGCAUUGCUGCUGCAGAAGCUUCAGCUGGGUGGUCCAGCGGGAGGCGUCGAGCAGAUUGAUGCUUACUUAGAAGCUUUGCUUAAAGAAGAUCAUCUGACCACCUUAAAUGAAAAAGCUCUAGAGUCAGGGCAAGCAAAAGAUACAGAACCGUGAAAGGAUGCCUCAAAAGUCAGGAAAGUUGUUUCUUUUUAAAACUGCUGAUAAGGAAGUCGGAGAAGCCUUUUAGAGAACAUUCCCUUCUUAUUGCUAUUGUAAAAUUUAGUCCAGCUCUUCAAAGGUUUGUGUGUUUUGAGACAGGGACUGAUUUGCCACUCAUGGUUUCCCUUGUGCGGUUUCCUAACUCUUCUCAUUGUAUCAGCAGUCUU